CUGUGUCAAUGAUUCUCAAUCAAGCAAAGUAUCCGGGAAAUGAAUCCUUUAUUAGUUGAUGUAUUUUCUCACACGGGACAUGCGUUUUUCUUCUUCUUCUUUUGAAUUUAGUUUAUUUCGAAGAGAAAAAAAAUCGCUUUGUUUUUGAGUCCGAUGAAUCAUAUAGUUAUAGAUGUUAGUUCGGGGGAAGAGGAUUAUAACUCUGAUUUGUUUGGCGGAAUUCUGAAAGUUUCUGAUGAGAAGAGUAAAAGUGCUGAUUUGUUUAAUCCAAUGGUCAAGGAUGAAGACGAUGACGACGAUUGUGUGAUUUUGGAUUGUGAUCCUACAGCCAAGGAGGAGACUGUCAUUGACACCUGUGGAACCGAUGAAGUCCUUGUUCUAGGACAAAAGGGUGAGAUAGCUUGUAGGGAUUUCCCGCAUCCACGACAUGCCUGCGCUAAGUACCCGUUCAAAUCCACAUUACACCAGCAGUUCUGUGAGAUGUGUCACUGUUAUGUUUGUGACACCCGUGCUCCGUGUCCUUACUGGUUUCGUGGUCUCUCCCUCCUUGAGCACUGUCAUGCCAAUGAUAAAGACAAGACGUGGAAGAAUCAACGACAACGUAUCAGGACAUUAAAUAUGCUUCCCCGUCCUGUUUCAAAACAUGCUUCCAACAUUGUACAACUUAAACGGGUUUCAAGGCCUCAAUCUGUACCGUUUCCCCAAAACUCGUCUGCCCCUGUAACUCAGUUUGGAAUCCAGGCUUGCUCCACUGCUACUAGUGUUGCGACUCAUCCAAACACAUACUCCAGACCCGAUCAUAGAACCGUGCAAUUCGAAACAUUUCCGAAUAAUCCUGUGUCACAGCCUCAUGCUGUGCAAUCAUUACCAAAUAAUAGAAGCGGUUCUUAUAAUGGUGUCCAGUCAUUACCAAAUAACAGAAGCGGUUCUUAUAAUGGUGUGCAGUCAUUACCGAACCAGAGAGGCUGCUCUUAUAAUGGUAAUCCAAGUACCCAAACUGUUCCUUCCAAUCCAUACGUAUGGACUCGAACACCAAGUAGCGGCGCUUCUCAUCUAGAAAACGGUGUACAGAACAUUGCUCAAGGCUCACAAGCGACCUGUUACACUCCUCCCAGUGCUUCACAAGGCAAUUCACAGCGUAUCAUUACUGGUUCUGGCUAUAUGUCAACUAUGCGAGGUCCUCGCACUAAAGAGUCUGCUAGAAAAACUAACCAGACCAUGUAUUCUGGUGGUCCUCGCACUAAAGAGUCUGUUAGAAAAACUACCCACCACGUUUAUUCCGGUAAUCUUCAGACAAAUGAAGUCCCGUCAAUCACUCCAAGUGCUUCACAAGGCAAUGCACAGCGUAUCGUUGCUGGUUAUAUUUCAAAUGUGCGAGGUCCUCGCACUAAAGAGUCUGCUAGAAAAUCUACCCACCACAUGAAUUAUGGUAAUCUUCAGACAAAUAAAGUUCCGUCAAUGACUCCUAAUCCUCCGGCGAACCAGCACCAACAACAACCUCAAUCAGGAAGCUAUAAAGAUAGAGUACUGUCAGAGUUUGAAGAAUGGCUCUUGGACGACUCAUCAUCGUUGUAUCCUUUGUCUGGUCAAGACAAUGCUACUACAGACCCAUUCGAUUUCGAAUCCUUCUUGAAUGAAUGAGAGACCACAGGAUAGUCUAGAUUUCCUAACUUAAUUAUAGACUUAGCUGCACAGAGUUUUAGUCACGAGUUUCUAAUUAGAAUCCCAUCUAAUGAAUUCAUCAGUUCUUUUAGAAUGGAUCAUAUCCGUCGUUUUAAAUUAAUUA